AUGGCUUUCCAAGCCCCGAUUCCUAAUAUUGCGGCCUUGACAUCAGAGCUCUGGCCCUCAAUGUCUAACAUCUUAGCCUCUCCCUUCAGACAGAUCGGGCGAACUCCGACGGCCCACGUCAGCGAGCCUCUCCAGCGGAGCUCUGGCAGACCAGAGAAUGUGGUGACCUCUCAGCGCGUUCCGCUUCCAGAUUGCCUGGAAACCGUUUCCAUUGACACGUUGAGAGCGGAGGUCAUUAGCCGUCCCGCGCAACGUGCAUGGUCGUCACUGUUGAGCACAAACAGCUCAAUCCGGACCACAUCCUUUUCACCACCCCGUACUCUUCCCGGUGUCCGUUCCUCUCCAGCAGCAACGAUUCUUGUUCGGAGGAUCCGGGGAUCGUCGCACUAUAUGCUAGCCCAGAAGGAGAAGGUCGCAAACAACAGUCCCAGCAGCCCCAGUGCCCAAAAUGCUUUCUACCAGGCUCUUCUUCGUGCCAACAUGCCCGGAAUCGUUCUCGAGCGGCACCGAAGUGGUUAUUAUGCCAGCGACGGCACGACCGAUACGUUGCUCCAGCAGGCUCAAGCGCGUGUCGGUGGCGACGGAGCUUUCGCCGGACAACACGGAAACCUUAACCCCGAACAGCUUCAGGCGGUUGGCCAAGCAGUCGCCGCUCGGAGUACUGGCAGUCAAAUUGGAAUGGCAACUCGGCAAAACGGCACCGGUGCUAAGGAGGCUCCUCUCUAUGUUGUGGUUGAUGAGUCUCUGGGAAGCACUGUGUUCCGCUGGGUCAAAUUCUUGCUCAUCUUCGGCUUCUUCGCUUAUAUUUCUCUGGUCACGGUCACUAUCUUGGUUGAAACCACUGGAGUUCUGAAAAACGUCCGCGGCGCCCAAGACAAGGAAGCCCAGCCCCAACAGCAAACCGCGCGCUUCAGUGAUGUGCACGGCUGCGACGAGGCUAAGGACGAACUGCAAGAGCUCGUGGAAUUCCUCAUCAACCCGGAACGUUUCUCCUCCCUCGGUGGUAAGCUCCCCAAGGGUGUUCUCCUCGUCGGCCCUCCUGGUACUGGUAAGACCCUGCUUGCGCGUGCUGUUGCUGGGGAAGCAGGUGUUCCGUUCUUCUACAUGUCUGGAUCUGAAUUCGACGAAGUCUAUGUCGGUGUCGGUGCCAAGCGAGUCCGUGAUCUAUUUGCUCAGGCUCGUGGCAAGUCUCCCGCUAUUAUCUUCAUCGAUGAACUGGAUGCGAUAGGUGCCAAGCGGAAUGAGCGCGAUGCUGCCUACGUAAAGCAGACGCUCAACCAGCUUCUCACUGAGCUUGACGGAUUCUCUCAGAGCAGUGGCGUCAUUAUCAUUGGUGCUACCAACUAUCCCCAGCUGCUGGACAAGGCCCUGACUCGUCCUGGUCGAUUUGACCGCAAGGUCGUCGUCGAUCUGCCCGACGUCCGUGGCCGUAUGGACAUUCUGAGACACCACAUGAAGGAGAUCCAAUUCGGUCCCGAUGUCGACAUUGGUGUUAUUGCGCGUGGUACUCCAGGCUUCUCUGGUGCUGACCUAGAGAACCUGGUUAACCAGGCUGCGAUCCACGCCAGCCGUGACCGCAAGAGCAAGGUUGGCUCGUUCGACUUUGAUUAUGCCAAGGACAAGAUCAUGAUGGGUGCCGAGGCUCGCAGCCGUAUCAUCCAGGACAAGGACAAGCUUUUGACUGCUUACCACGAGGCCGGUCACGCCCUCGUUGCUCACUUCACGUCUUCUUCUACUCCACUCUACAAGAUCACCAUUGUUCCCCGUGGUAUGGCUCUGGGUGUCACCCACUUCCUGCCGGAGAUGGACACAGUCUCCAGGAACUACACCGAAUACUUGGCAGAUAUUGCCGUCUCCAUGGGCGGUAAGGCUGCGGAAGAGCUGGUCUUCGGCCACGACAACGUCACCAGUGGUAUCUCAGCUGAUAUCCAAAGUGCCACCGAGACGGCAUUCACACUCAUCACCCGAUUCGGAUACUCCAAGAAACUAGGCAAUGUCGACCUCUCAACCAACUACGACAGCCUGUCAUCCGAAACCAAGCAAGAAAUUGAGGGCGAGGUGCGCCGACUCGUAGAGGAAGCCCGUGACCGCGCAACCACCAUUCUAACCGAGAGGCGCAACGAACUCGAGCUCCUGACCAAGGCGCUGAUCGAGUACGAGACGCUCACAAAGGAGGAGAUGGAACAAGUGCUGAGGGGCGAGAAAAUCAAGAAGCUAGUGUCAUCCCCGAGGGCUCCGGUCAAGCUUCCCGAUGCCUUGCAGUCGACCAAUAUCAACCCAUCCACGGCGGCCGGGGGUCCCCCCACUGCCACAGAAUAA